GGGUUGUAAUGCUCAGGACACCUGCUUGAGCCUGCUUGGGAUCCUUUCAUGCACUGAAGAAUGUCGACAACGCCAGGCAAACCCAGAAUAUCAGGUAUUCCAACUCCUGGAAAGCCUACCGGAAUACCUACUCCAGGCAGAUUUCGUUCUUCGUCUUCCGUUAAUCCUCAUCUUAAUGCCUUUGACUCUGAUGUGGAGUAUAUGUCUCGUACAUUCGCAAAUGCAAUCAAGGCCAACGAUCCAGCCCAGCAUCGUACUAGCACCGCUUCGAAUUCAUCCCCUUCAUCAACUUCCCCAAUGUCAAAUUUUGCGUCACUGCAAUCUGGCCGUCGUUCUGUAGCUGGUCGUCCUUCCUCGGUUGCUUCAACCUCUACAUUCGCGCAGAACAGAUCAAAGACACCCGCUCCACGCCCUCCAAGCAGACAAUCAGAUGUUUUUACCCGUAGUGUGAGUCGAGCUGGGAGGACGUUCGAAGUCGGAGAUAAUGUUAGAAUAGAGUCUUUGGGGUACGAGGGCUGCCUAAGGUUUAUUGGAGAGAUCGACGGUAAAUCGGGCCUGUGGGCAGGCGUCGAGCUUGGUGGCGGAUUUUCAGGCAAAGGAAAGAAUGAUGGAUCUGUUGGGGGGAAACAGUACUUCGUGUGUCCUCCAAACUGUGGUGUAUUCGUUGCUACCACGAAACUAUCUGCCCCCACCAUCCCUUCUAGCUACCGGCCCCCAUCAGUCACCUCCUCUCGCAGUGGUCGCGUAACACCAUCUUUUUCUGGUAGAGUCACUCCCUCACAUUCGUUAUCUUUUGGAAGCGGGCGCGUCACACCGUCGAACCUCUAUGGCCGCCCCAGUGCUGGCACAACUCCUGCAGCUCGCAAAACAAAGCCAACUCCGCAGUUAGGCCUGUCGCAGUCGCCACGAAGACCUGGAUUAGAGGCUCAAAUUACCUCAGGUUCGAGGGCCUCCAAAUAUAUUGGUCUCACAGCCAAGCAGUUGAAGGCCAAUGGCGAUGGAACCCCAGAGUAUACUAUUCGUACUCCAUCGUCACCAUCGCGCGGACCCCUAGAUUCGAGUAUACACUCUUCAGAUUCUCCAUUUACCACACCAAAAGCCGGUGCUACUUCUCGUGCCCCUAAUACCUACAACGGCGCACACACCCCUGGCCUCAAAGGCCGCCCAUCUCUAAACACCCCACGACCAAGGAUACCCAGUGCAGUUGCUAUGCCACCACCUGCCUCACCUGCACGAACAGCAUCCUUCACGUCUACCUAUUCUUUGAAUGAUGGUCCCGAUCUCGCCCAUGAGGACCUCACAUCACGCAUCCGACCGAGUUCUUCGAUGGAUCUGACUGCUUCUUCACAGGCUUUGCAGGAUAAGAUUAAUCAACUCCUCUCAGUGCAGUCUAUUCCGCUACCCAAUACCAGUGACCCCAGUACAUCGCGACCCUCCUCAGUUGCUUCUCUUCGAUCUGCUUUCCCCGACAACGACGUGCAACAGGAUGUUCUGCAUUCUCGCCUACAAACUCUCGAGCGCGAGAAUGCUUCUCUUCGUGAUGCUGCUAAUGCAGCCCGUACGGACGUUGCGCUAGUCCGCGCGCUCGAAUCUGAGCGUGAUGCAGCUCUCGCCUCUGUUUCCUCUACGGAGAACCAGCUCCGCACUCUCGAGCGUAAGUGUACCGAACGAGAAUCAAAAAUUGAAUCCCUUGAACGCACCGCGCUGAAAACAACGUCCGAACUAGAACGGUUCAAGAACGAGAACGAGGUUCGUGUCACAGACUUGCAGGCCAAACUUGACACAAGUGAGUCACUCGUCAAGAGUCUUAAAGAGGCAAUCGCGGCAAAAGAGGGUGCCGAGCAUGACAGGGAUGCGCUGCUCAAGGCUAAGAAUGACGAAAUUGGGCUUUUGGAGGGUCGAUUGGAGACAGUGUCGGGCGAAUUGGAGGCUGACAGGAAAGAAUUAAAUGCGCAAAUUGAUGAACUUCGUCAAGCUGGCCAGGAAACGAUUGCGCUAUAUGAAGAACGUCUCAGCGCCUCAGAUUCGCGCCGAUAUGAGCUUGAAGACCGGAUCGUAUUUCUCGAGGACCAAGUCAAGAAGGCCACCACUCCUCUCUCUCCAAGCGCCGCCCUCCAACGCGCCACUUCCGCUGCUGAAAUCGACAACGAAAACCUUCGCGAACAAGUGCAACACUUGCAACGGAAACUUGCCACACUGGAGGACUCUCUUGAAGAUGCUCGUGCGGUAUCUGAACGGGAGGAAGCUGCCGUGCAUGAGCGAAUCAAACGGUUCAAGGACAAGGAAGAUGCUAUGCUAUGCGAACUCAACGAGGGGCGCAAGACUGUUGAACAGGUUCUCAAAGCUGAGGCUCUCGCUAAAGGUCGCGUGGAAGAGGUCGAGGAGGCUUUGCGAGAAAGUACUCUUGCCCUCGAAAAUGCCCAGGCUGAAAUUGAAAAUCUGAGAUCCGAUGUUGCUGUGGCUGGGCUCGAAACAGACGGUGUUUCCGACUCGCAGAAACUCAAAGCUGGAGAGUGCGCGCGCCUCACGGAGGAGAUUCAAGAACUGCGUGACCAACUCGAUCAAUUGCGAUUAUCUACAUCAGAAAUUGCAUCUGUCUCCUCAACAGCUGAUGACACGGUCAAUUGGCAAGUGAAGUAUGAACAACUGCAAAAGGAGGUGCUUGUUUUGCGCAAAGCUCUCGAGGAGCGUACUUCGGAGCUCGACACUGCGAAGAAAAAACUCAACCGCGACAUUCCUGUCAAUAGCAUCCAGGAGCCACCAAAGAUGCCAACUUCGUCUAAGCAGGAAUCUGCUGAAUUAAUGGGCUUGAAGCACAUCGUUCAAGAAUUGCAAAAAGAGACUUCAGCAGUGACUCAGCGAAAUAAGUUACUAGAGUCUGAGAACAGACUCUUGAUGUCAGAGACCGAUCAGCUUCGCCAGGAACUGAAAAUCCUCGAGGAGAACGUUGAGCAGAGUUUGUUGCGUGAGGAGGCUGCUCUUGGAAAUCACACGACAUUUGCAUCUGGUGACGAUCAGACGGCUAGGUUGGAAAACGAACUGGAGCAGUUACGCAAGCGCUUAACUGAAGCUGAGAUGAAGACCGCCCGUGUCACACAUGAUCUGAACAAAGAGAUUGGCGAGCUAGAAACGCUCGUGGAGUCGAAGAUUUAUCGCGAAGAUGAACUCGAGCAAGAAGUCGAGCACCUUAAAGAGAAGCUGUCCCGGAACCACAAGAAGUCGUCAAAGAAUAGCCUCGAGCCCAUAGAUCUGCCUCCUCGCAAAUCUUUAUCCACCUCAGGCGUCGCGACUAACAACUUUAAACAAAGUUCUAGCGAAGACGUCUGUGAGAUCUGUGAGAGACCGGGGCAUGACAUCUUCACUUGCGACCUCUUACGAGACGAAACACCCGCUGCUCGUGACAAAAAUGCAGUCAUGCAGAUGAAUGGAGAUCCGUCAGACUUGCUUUGUGUUGACUGCGAAGGACACGGACAUGUAGCUGCUGAUUGUCCACACUCACUGGAUGUCUUCUAAACGAACCUAAAUUUGCACCAGUGUCAUUCCUCGUACCACUGUUUUCCAGGCUAUACCUUCAUGAAUAUUCUUAGCGUAUGUUCCGUUACAGCUAUAUUUAGCAGCACAUAAUCUGACAUUAUAUACCCUUUUCUUCGAGGUUCAUUCCGACGUGUCGUAGGAACAUU